GAGGUUAUGCAACCAAGAAUACACCAUUCACCACGAAAAUCAAUCAAUGAGUGACGUUUGAGGUUAUGUAGUGUCUGCAAAAAUCGCAAAAACGCAGAAAUGGCUGAAGAAGUGGACUCAGAGGGUGUGACGGACUCUCCCAAAAAAGGUCCGACUCUGUCCACGUCGACUUCGAGCUUCGAGGCUCUGGAUCCCCACGACCCGAAUCUGAGUCGUCUAGCUACUACCAUGUUCAACAAAACUUCUGACUAUUUGUACGGGGAGCUGACUGCGUCUCUCGACGAUUAUCGCUUGCUUGAAAACAUGAAUCGCACCACCAUCACCAAGUACUCGGACAUGAAACACAUAGCGGCCAACGUGGCUAAAAGCAUGCACGAGCUGAACGAGAAAUACACCUCCCUGCAGCCCUACUUGCAGCAAAUCGACCAAAUCGAAGACAGCGUCCUGAAAUUAGAACAAGCGGCUUACAAACUGGACGUUUAUUCAAAAAGACUAGAGGCGAAGUUUAAGAAUUUGGAAAGGCGAUAGUUAGGUGAAGAGUGUGUCCGUGUUGGGUCGUUUCUGUUUCAUGGAUUCUCGGAUUUGUUCUUUGAUUUUUCUGACUCUGACAGUGUCUACGCAUUCGAUGAAGUCGUUUAUUUCGCGCUGACAAUUUAACGAGCAGUGAGUGUUUUUGCGAAGACAUUCUAUCACCUUCAAAUUUGUUAGUCGGUUGAAUUUUCCAAUCACCCACUUACCAGGUCCCUAUUUCUGCAAUAAACAGUUACUUUCUUAA